AUGUGCUCGAGCCCAUCUCGCCAAGCCUGUCAGGUCAAUCUCAUUCGCUCUCAGACUCGUGUGCUCGAGCCCAUCUCCCCAAGCCUGUCAGCUCAGCCUCAUUCGCUCUCAGGCUCGUGUGCUGAAGCCCAUCUCCCCAAGCGCGUCAGCUCAACCGCAUUCGCUCCCAGACUCGUGUUCUCGAGCCCAUCCCCCCAAGCCCGUCAGCUCAACCUCAUUCGCUCUCAGACUCGUGUGCUCGAGCCCAUCUCCCUAAGUUCUCAGCCUCAUUCGCUCUCAGACUCGUGUGCUCAAGCCCAUCUCCCCAAGCGCGUCAGCUCAACCGCAUUCGCUCUCAGACUCGUGUUCUCGAGCCCAUCUCCCCAAGCCCGUCAGCUCAACCUCAUUCUCUCUCAGACUCGUGUGCUCGAGCCCAUUUCCCCAAGCCCGUCCGCUCAACCUCAUUCGCUCUCAGACUCGUGUGCUCGAGCCCAUCUCCCCAAGCCCGUCUGCUCAACCUCAUUCGCUCUCAAACUCGUGUGCUCGAGCCCAUCUCCCCAAGCCCUUCAGCUCAACCUCAUUCGCUCUCAGACUCGUGUGCUUGAGCCCAUCUCCCCAAGCCCGUCAGCUCAACCUCAUGCGCUCUCAGACUCGUGUGCUCGAGCCCAUCUCCCCAAGCCCUUCAGCUCAACCUCAUUCGCUCUCAGACACGUGUGCUCGAGCCAAUCUCCUCAAGCCCGUCAGCUCAACCUCAUUUCCUCUCAGACUCGUGUGCUCGAGCCCAUCUCCCCAAGCCUGUCUGCUCAACCUCAUUCGCUCUCAGACACGUGUGCUCGAGCCCAUCUCCUCAAGCCCGUCAGCUCAACCUCAUUUGCUCUCAGACUCGUGUUCUCAAGCCCAUCCCCCCAAGCCCGUCAGCUCAACCUCAUUCUCUCUCAGACUCGUGUGCUCGAGCCCAUUUCCCCAAGCCCGUCCGCUCAACCUCAUUCGCUCUCAGACUCGUGUGCUCGAGCCCAUCUCACCAAGCCCGUCUGCUCAACCUUAUUCGCUCUCAAACUCGUGUGCUCGAGCCCAUCUCCCCAAGCCCUUCAGCUCAACCUCAUUCGCUCUCAGACUCGUGUGCUUGAGCCCAUCUCCCCAAGCCCGUCAGCUCAACCUCAUGCGCUCUCAGACUCGUGUGCUCGAGCCCAUCUCCCCAAGCCCGUCAGCUCAACCUCAUUCGCUCUCAGACUCGUGUGCUUGUGCCCAUCUCCCCAAGCCCGUCAGCUCAACCUCAUUCGCUCUCAGACUCGUGUGCUCGAGCCCAUCUCCCCAAGUUGUCAGCUCAACCUCAUUCGCUCUUGCACUCGUGUGCUCGAGCCCAUCUCCCCAAGCCCAUCAGCUCAACCUCAUUCGCUCUUAGACUCGUGUGCUCGAGCCCAUUUCCCCAAGCCCGUCCACUCAACCUCAUUCGCUCUCAAACUCGUGUGCUCGACCCCAUCUCCCCAAGCCCAUCUGCUCAACCUCAUUCGCUCUCAGACUCGUGUGCUUGAGCCCAUCUCCCCAAGCCCAUUCGUGUGCUCGAGCCCAUCUCCCCAAGCCCGUCAGCUCAACCUCAUUCGCUCUCAGACUCGUGUGCUCGAGCCCAUCUCCCCAAGCCCGUCAGCUCAACCUCAUUCGCUCUCAGACACGUGUGCUCGAGCCCAUCUCCUCAAGCCCGUCAGCUCAACCUCAUUCGCUCUCAGACUCGUGUGCUCAAGCCCAUCUCCCCAAGCCCAUCAGCUCAACCUCAUUCGCUCUCAGACUCUUGUGCUCGAGCCCAUCUCCCCAAGCCUGUCAGCUCAGCCUCAUUCGCUCUCAGGCUCGUGUGCUGAAGCCCAUCUCCCCAAGCGCGUCAGCUCAACCGCAUUCGCUCCCAGACUCGUGUUCUCGAGCCCAUCCCCCCAAGCCCGUCAGCUCAACCUCAUUCGCUCUCAGACUCGUGUGCUCGAGCCCAUCUCCCUAAGUUCUCAGCCUCAUUCGCUCUCAGACUCGUGUGCUCAAGCCCAUCUCCCCAAGCGCGUCAGCUCAACCGCAUUCGCUCUCAGACUCGUGUUCUCGAGCCCAUCUCCCCAAGCCCGUCAGCUCAACCUCAUUCUCUCUCAGACUCGUGUGCUCGAGCCCAUUUCCCCAAGCCCGUCCGCUCAACCUCAUUCGCUCUCAGACUCGUGUGCUCGAGCCCAUCUCCCCAAGCCCGUCUGCUCAACCUCAUUCGCUCUCAAACUCGUGUGCUCGAGCCCAUCUCCCCAAGCCCUUCAGCUCAACCUCAUUCGCUCUCAGACUCGUGUGCUUGAGCCCAUCUCCCCAAGCCCGUCAGCUCAACCUCAUGCGCUCUCAGACUCGUGUGCUCGAGCCCAUCUCCCCAAGCCCUUCAGCUCAACCUCAUUCGCUCUCAGACACGUGUGCUCGAGCCAAUCUCCUCAAGCCCGUCAGCUCAACCUCAUUUCCUCUCAGACUCGUGUGCUCGAGCCCAUCUCCCCAAGCCUGUCUGCUCAACCUCAUUCGCUCUCAGACACGUGUGCUCGAGCCCAUCUCCUCAAGCCCGUCAGCUCAACCUCAUUUGCUCUCAGACUCGUGUUCUCAAGCCCAUCCCCCCAAGCCCGUCAGCUCAACCUCAUUCUCUCUCAGACUCGUGUGCUCGAGCCCAUUUCCCCAAGCCCGUCCGCUCAACCUCAUUCGCUCUCAGACUCGUGUGCUCGAGCCCAUCUCACCAAGCCCGUCUGCUCAACCUUAUUCGCUCUCAAACUCGUGUGCUCGAGCCCAUCUCCCCAAGCCCUUCAGCUCAACCUCAUUCGCUCUCAGACUCGUGUGCUUGAGCCCAUCUCCCCAAGCCCGUCAGCUCAACCUCAUGCGCUCUCAGACUCGUGUGCUCGAGCCCAUCUCCCCAAGCCCGUCAGCUCAACCUCAUUCGCUCUCAGACUCGUGUGCUUGUGCCCAUCUCCCCAAGCCCGUCAGCUCAACCUCAUUCGCUCUCAGACUCGUGUGCUCGAGCCCAUCUCCCCAAGUUGUCAGCUCAACCUCAUUCGCUCUUGCACUCGUGUGCUCGAGCCCAUCUCCCCAAGCCCAUCAGCUCAACCUCAUUCGCUCUUAGACUCGUGUGCUCGAGCCCAUUUCCCCAAGCCCGUCCACUCAACCUCAUUCGCUCUCAAACUCGUGUGCUCGACCCCAUCUCCCCAAGCCCAUCUGCUCAACCUCAUUCGCUCUCAGACUCGUGUGCUUGAGCCCAUCUCCCCAAGCCCGUCAGCUCAACCUCAUUCGCUCUCAGACUCGUGUUCUCGAGCCCAUCUCCCCAAGCCCUUCAGCUCAACCUCAUUCGCUCUCAAACUCGUGUGCUCGAGCCCAUCUCCCCAAGUUGUCAGCUCAACCUCAUUCGCUCUUGCACUCGUGUGCUCGAGCCCAUCUCCCCAAGCCCAUCAGCUCAACCUCAUUCGCUCUUAG